UCAAUUACUUGAUCUGUAAAACAUUCUUUUAUGCAUUUAUUUCCCUUAGUUUUGUUUGCUGUCCUGUUCAUCCACACCAUCAGUCUUUGAUGUUCUUUCUGAAAGCUUAGAUUGUUCUUUUCACAAUCCCCUCAGUUUGAGCUCUCUUAUACCAAUGAUAACUCUGGCUCUGAUACCCAUUGAAAAGUUUUAACAUGCAAAGAUUCAAGCCUGCGAUCUACUCAAUACCCCAUGCGCCAACACUGAGUUUAGAUAUAAGCUUCCAAGUGGCCACAGUGCAGAACCUUAGGUACCAGGUCUGGUGAGUCUUUCUUGAAUUAAAGUCAACUAGGACUGCAUUUGCACCUGUGCCAGUCUUCUUUCUUUUUUGUAUUUGAAAUCUGAACGAGGCGACUUUUUCAUUGCAUUGAAUUACUAGUAUAAGUGACUUCCAGGGAUCGAGAUCAUUCUAAAUCUCAAAAAAGGUGUAAUUUUAUCUAGAACCAUGUUCAUCACUGAACCCAAUUAUUAGCUUGAAAUUUGAAUCCAUUUAACCUCCUCUCCCUUCGGUGGAGUGAUCACCCAAUGGUCCUCAGGUUAUUGGAUGAAUCCAUUGCAGUCAAGGCAACAAAUGCCCUCAGCUUCCCAAGUUUCACUGAGUGUUCUGUUACGGUAAUUCUCUUGGCUAUUUAUUUCAAUGAACUUGAUUAUUUCAGUCCCUUGAGUAAUCAAUAGCAAGAAAUGGACUCCAAGUUUUGUUGGCAGCGCACAAGGUGCUUUGGGUACUCAUCCAUUUGCAGAGGGCAUUAAUGCGUUCGAAGUAUUGAAACGGAGAAUUCAUUUAUGCAAAGAUUGAAAUCCUAUAGGCCAUCAGGCCAUCGACCUUGCGAUCUCUAUCUUCCUAUCAGUUCACCGCUCAACCUAAAGGUGUGCCUCCUGAUAGGCGUAGGAACGAAUGGUGAGACUUAUUUCAAUACUAUUGCUCUGGUUUCCUGCGUGAAAAACUUUCCUAAGAGCAGAGGACCUGUUGUAGGGAUUCUUAAAGGUUUUACAGGUCUCUGUGGGGCAAUACUUACACAGUAUUAUGCUUCUUUGUUUGCACCGAAUCAAGCAGCCUUUAUCUUCAUUGUUGCGGUUGGACCUUCUAUGAUUGCCAUUGCUCUGAUGUUUAUUUUAAGACCUGUUGGAGGUCAUAAGGAAACCGAUCCUUCAGAUCAUUCCAAUUUCAAUUUUCUAUAUGGUGUUUGUCUGUUACUGGCAGGAUAUUUGUUAGGAGUGAUGCUUGUGCAAGAUUUUGUUGAGAUUGGACACAUUGUCAAUUUGAUAUUCACACUUGUCUUGCUGCUAAUCUUGAUUUUGCCUUUGGCUUUGCCCCUGAUUUCUGCAUGCAAGAGUAACUAUAGCUCUGCAGACCUUGAUCCUACCAUUAAACACAGUAGUUUGGAAGAAUCGCUAUUGGUUAAUAGUAGCAAUCCAGAGUCCAAUGGAUCAGAGCAAUCCAACACUGGUCAAGGAUAUCAGAGACAGGAUUCGAGUGUGAACUGGAAUGAAGUACUUAUGAGUGAGAUUGAAGAUGAGAAGCCUAAGGAAAUUGAUCUUCUGCCAGAAAGGGAGAGACAGAAAAGAAUAGCCCAAUUGCAGGCGCGUUUGUUGCAUGCUGCCGCGGAAGGAGCUGUAAGGAUUAAAAGAAGAAAGGGACCCCGGAGAGGGGAAAAUUUCACUUUGAUGCAGGCUAUAGUAAAAGCUGAUUUUUGGCUCAUGUUUUUCUCUCUGUUCUUUGGAGCAGCAUCAGGUUUAACCGUGAUUGAUAAUCUUGGACAGAUUAGCCAGUCAUUGGGCUACCAGAACUCUCAUAUAUUUGUAUCAAUGAUAAGCAUUUGGAAUUUUCUUGGGCGUGUUGGUGGUGGGUAUGUUUCUGAAAUUGUUGCAAGGGAUUAUGCGUACCCUCGGCCACUGACAAUGGCAGCAGCACAGGUCAUCAUGGCAAUUGGCCACAUGCUUUUUGCAUUAGGCUGGUCAGGGGCAUUAUAUAUGGGGACCUUACUUGUGGGAAUGGGCUAUGGUGCACAUUGGGCUAUAAUCCCAGCAACUGCUUCUGAAAUCUUUGGUUUGAGGAAUUUUGGUACAUUUUACAACUUUUUCAUCAUGGCCAAUCCAGCAGGAACUCUUAUCUUUUCAGGUCUCAUAGCUGGUAGUCUUUAUGACAAGGAAGCAGAGAAACAGCACAGGAAACCAAAUCAAUUCUUCAGUUCACCUGCCACAGAUUUUGCUAGCUCAGGUGGACCUCUUAAUGAUGACAAGUCCUUAGAAUGCCACGGUCCAUCAUGUUUUUUCCUCACUUUUGUGAUCAUGACAGGAGUAUGUGUUCUUGCAACAAUCUUUAGUUUGAUACUUGUCUAUAGGACCAGGAUUGUCUACAGAAAUAUCUAUGGCAAAAAUCCAAAUUCAGAGGAGAGGAGCCAAGCCUCUUCUAGUGACUUGAGACCUGGUGUUUAUAAAAAUAUCUAGUCUGUUCUAUUGACAAUCUCAAAACAUGUGACUGUUAGUUUGUAAGCCGGUGGAGUAUGAUUUUUAUAACUGGUACUUAAUUGCAGCCCUGAAAUGAUAGGAAUAUAUAUGGAGGGAAGUCUUUUGCUCCAGAUUGUACCCUGACAGUACUGCUCAGUAAUAAGUAUUGCCAGAUUAUCAGUUGGUUUGCAAUGAGAAUUUCAGGAAAAGUAAGGGCCGCUGUAUAAGAAAGAAAUCUGUUUAUAGAUUAGGUAUGCAAAUUACCACGUUAAAACUGCUGUCAUUUGCUUGAACUCUGAUGUUUAGAAUCAUUGGUGGCGAAAGCCUGCUUUCAUCAUCAAUGGCAAGCAUACAGAGCAUUGAUUUCCAGUUGUAUUAUAUGGCAAGCAUUGUUUUUUCCUAUUUUUCCAGUUUUUAUGCAGCCAUGUGGCUUCCAGAUGGCAGAUAUUGCAGUGGGAAAUUCUUUCAUAGCACAGAUCAAUAAUAUAUCAUCCAUGUCUGGCCAAAUGGGCUUCUGAUCGAAUGCAGGGCUGGAAUAUUAUGGAUAGGGGACAAUUAUCUUUGGGAUUGUCUCAUAUGUUGAAGCAUUUAGUUGAUGAGGAUAAGGUUGUGUAAUGUUUUGUUCUCUGCUGGGUUGUUGAUAUAUCAUCCAUGUCUGGUCAAAUGGGCUCCUGAUCAAAUGCAGGGUUGGAAUAUUGUGGAAGGGACAAUUAUCUUUGGAAUUGUCUCACAUGUUGGAGCAUUUAGUUGAUGAGGAUAUGGUUGUGUAAUGUUUUGUUCUCUGCUGGGUUGCUAGCCCCUCCUGCUCUGUAAUUCUGUGUUUAAUAAAUUUUUACCCCUCUUUUAUCAAAACAUAUAUAUAUAU